ACCAAAAAUUAUACAGCGAUUAAAUUCAGCUUUCCAAUUCUUUGAAAAAACAUCGAUCUGGUUUUCUCUCUCUUGCGGUUGUUUACCAUUGUUUCUGUUUACUUUUUUUCGUUUGUCGACUCCAAUCAACAACAACAAGAGGAGAUCUCUGAGAGUGAGGAAUGAGCGGUCACGAUUCCAAGUACUUCUCGACGACGAAGAAGGGAGAAAUCCCUGAACUCAAGGAAGAGCUCAAUUCUCAGUACAAGGAUAAAAGGAAAGAUGCUGUGAAGAAGGUAAUUGCUGCAAUGACAGUUGGGAAGGAUGUGUCAUCGCUUUUCACAGACGUGGUGAAUUGCAUGCAAACAGAGAAUUUGGAGCUGAAAAAGCUUGUUUAUUUAUAUCUUAUAAAUUAUGCUAAAAGCCAGCCCGACCUUGCAAUUCUUGCAGUAAAUACCUUUGUAAAGGAUUCACAGGAUCCAAAUCCUCUCAUUCGUGCUUUGGCUGUUCGGACUAUGGGAUGCAUCCGUGUUGAUAAGAUCACAGAAUAUCUCUGUGAUCCCCUUCAGAGGUGCCUCAAGGAUGAUGAUCCAUAUGUUCGGAAGACAGCUGCCAUAUGUGUUGCUAAACUUUAUGACAUAAAUGCUGAGUUGGUUGAGGAUAGGGGUUUUCUGGAAUCUCUCAAAGAUUUGAUAUCUGACAACAAUCCAAUGGUUGUAGCUAAUGCUGUGGCAGCUCUUGCUGAGAUCCAAGAGAAUAGUAGUAGACCAAUAUUUGAAAUCACUAGUCACACGCUUUCAAAGCUUCUUACUGCUCUUAAUGAAUGCACAGAGUGGGGUCAAGUUUUUAUACUUGAUGCUCUCUCUAGAUAUAAGGCAGCUGAUGCUCGUGAAGCAGAAAAUAUAGUGGAGAGAGUUACGCCACGACUUCAACAUGCUAAUUGUGCUGUUGUACUUUCAGCUGUUAAGAUGAUUCUUCAACAAAUGGAACUUAUAACUAGCACUGAUGUUGUCCGGAAUCUUUGCAAAAAGAUGGCCCCUCCUCUUGUGACAUUACUCUCUGCCGAACCUGAGAUACAAUAUGUCGCGUUGCGGAAUAUUAACCUUAUAGUACAAAGGCGGCCUACAAUUCUUGCCCAUGAAAUCAAGGUAUUCUUCUGCAAGUACAAUGAUCCAAUUUAUGUGAAGAUGGAAAAGUUAGAAAUCAUGAUCAAGCUUGCUUCUGACCGAAAUAUAGACCAGGUUUUAUUGGAGUUCAAAGAAUAUGCCACAGAAGUAGAUGUAGAUUUUGUCAGAAAGGCCGUUCGUGCCAUCGGUCGCUGUGCUAUCAAAUUAGAGAGAGCUGCUGAACGGUGCAUCAGUGUUCUGCUUGAGUUGAUCAAGAUUAAAGUAAACUAUGUUGUUCAGGAGGCUAUUAUAGUUAUCAAAGAUAUCUUUAGAAGAUACCCUAACACGUACGAAUCCAUCAUUGCAACCCUCUGUGAGAGUUUGGACACUUUAGAUGAGCCCGAAGCUAAGGCAUCAAUGAUAUGGAUAAUUGGAGAAUAUGCGGAAAGAAUUGACAAUGCAGAUGAGCUCCUUGAAAGCUUCUUGGAGAGUUUCCCUGAAGAGCCUCCCCAAGUUCAACUUCAACUGCUAACUGCAACAGUCAAACUUUUUCUUAAGAAGCCAACUGAAGGGCCACAGCAGAUGAUUCAGGUUGUAUUGAAUAAUGCUACUGUGGAAACAGACAAUCCUGAUUUACGGGACCGUGCAUACAUUUAUUGGCGCCUUCUAUCAACUGAUCCUGAGGCAGCUAAGGAUGUUGUGUUAGCUGAGAAACCCGUGAUAAGUGAUGAUUCAAACCAACUAGAUCCAUCUCUUCUUGAUGAGCUUCUUGCCAACAUCGCCACAUUAUCUUCUGUGUAUCACAAACCUCCAGAUGCUUUUGUAACCCGCAUGAAGACUGCAACUCAGAGAACUGAAGAUGAUGACUACCCUGAUGGAAAUGAAACAGGGUAUUCUGAAUCACCUGCUAAUGCUGCUGAUGGUGGAUCAUCACCGCCAACUAGUUCAAGUAGUGUCCCGUAUGCUGCAGCUAGGCAGCCAGCUCCAGCCCCAGCCCCAGCCACUCCUGCACCUGCUGCUCCAGUUCCUGAUUUGUUAGGUGAUCUGAUUGGCCUUGAUAAUAAUGCAAUUGUCCCUGCUGAUCAGCCAGCCACACCUUCUGGCCCUGCCUUGCCUAUUUUACUACCAGCAUCGACUGGACAGGGUUUGCAAAUCAGUGCACAGUUAGCACGACAGGAUGGUCAAAUAUUUUACAGUUUACUGUUUGAGAAUAACUCACAGGUCACACUUGAUGGAUUCUUGAUUCAGUUUAACAGGAAUUCAUUUGGUCUGGCAGCUGCUGGACCUCUUCAGGUACACCCAUUGGCACCGGGAGCAUCAGCAAGGACAUUGCUGCCUAUGGUAUUGUUCCAGAAUAUGUCUGCUGGUCCUCCUAGCUCUCUUCUGCAGGUUGCUGUGAAAAAUAAUCAGCAGCCAGUCUGGUACUUCAAUGAUAAAAUCUUGUUGCAUGUGUUGUUUACCGAAGAUGGGAGAAUGGAGCGAACUAGUUUUCUCGAGACUUGGAGAUCGCUACCUGAUUCAAAUGAGGUCCUAAAAGAAUUUCCAGGCGUUGUGGUGAGCAGUGCAGAAGCAACCCUCGACCAACUAGCUGCAUCAAAUAUGUUUUUUAUAGCUAAGCGCAAACAUGCCAAUCAGGAUGUAUUCUACUUCUCGGCCAAGAUCCCUCAAGGGGUACCUUUCUUGAUUGAACUUACAACACUAAUUGGAAACCCUGGUGUCAAGUGCGCAAUCAAGACUCCAAAUCCUGAGAUGGCACCACUAUUUUUUGAAGCCAUCGAGACACUGCUGAAGGCUUGAUUCUUUUCCUCUUCGUGAUUUUGAAAUAGUAUUAAAUUGUCAUUGUAUGUAAAAUUCUUCUCAGCAACCGAGGUUUUGGAUUCACAUUCUUGCUAAUCUCCCUCUUUUGCCCCUCUCUCUUAGUGACAAAAAGAAAGUACGGGGAGAAAGAAAAAGAAAACGAUCCCUGCAUGUCUCUUCCAACUUUAGUUUCUUUGCCUCUAUUAAUUGUAAGUGUUCUCCAUUUUUAGCGUGUAUUUAAUGGCUCAACUGUUCGAUCUUCA